AUGGGCGAGCGAGAGGUGCUCUCGAGGCCGCUGAAUGCGCUGGAGGCUCUGUGCGAGCAGAGGGAGGCGAAGAUGGCCUCCCGCCACGCGUUCAGCGAGAGCUUGUUCUACUUCCUGGACGAUUUCACGGUGGCGGCGAUGAUGCGCGUGGCCAUUGGGCCCAAGUCGGGAGUUGAGUCUCUCCUGAGCUCGACCGAGGCCCGCUUCAUCGACGUCAAGCCCGGUAGUGUAGGCUGGCCAGAUGCCGAGGAGCGUGAGCGUAUCCUCGAGGGCCGCUUGCAGGUCGUCCAGAUGCCGAGGGGCGUGAGGGGGCCCCUCGAUGAAUGA